GUAGCCAGUAUUUUCCCGCCAAUUUUUUUCGCGGGAGAUUCCAAGCGCUCCGCUGCCGCCGCCGCCGCCGCCGCUCUCGACCUGCAGCGCCCCGUUGCGCCGGAGAGCGGUGCCACCAUGAUCGGGCAGAAGUCCUUGCUCUCCUUUUUCACGGCGGCGCCCAAGAAGAGGAGUCGCUCUCCGGAGUCAGCCGCGGCGGUAACUGAGGCUGCCAAAAGACCGAAGAUUAAUGGCUGUUCACUGCGAUCUCCCCAGCUCAGCCCGGAACAGGUGGAGCGCAUCCGCAAAAACAAAGAGGCUGCACUGCAGAAGCUUGCAGCCCGUACCGACAGCUACAUUCCUGCGGAGCUGGGGCAGAGCUGGAGGGUCUCCCUGGCCGGAGAGUUCUCCAAGCCAUAUUUCGCUCAGCUGAUGACAUUCGUUGCUGAAGAACGCAAGCGCUGUACAGUUUAUCCACCUCAGCAUCAGGUCUUCACUUGGACUCAGCUGUGUGACAUCCAUGAUGUUAAAGUUGUUAUUUUGGGCCAAGAUCCAUAUCACGGGCCCAAUCAAGCUCAUGGGCUCUGCUUCAGUGUCCAGAGACCAGUUCUCCCUCCACCCAGCCUGGAAAAUAUUUACAAAGAGCUUGCUGUGGAUAUAGAAGGCUUUUCACAUCCUGGCCAUGGAGAUUUGACUGGAUGGGCUAAACAAGGUGUGCUGCUGCUUAAUGCUGUGCUCACAGUCCGAGCUCAUCAAGCCAAUUCCCACAGGGAAAGGGGCUGGGAGCAAUUCACAGACGCCACGGUCUCCUGGCUGAACAAGAAUCUGGAUGGCCUGGUCUUCAUGCUGUGGGGAGCUUAUGCUCAGAAGAAGGGCAGCUCUAUUGACAGGAAACGGCACCACGUCCUGCAGACAGCGCAUCCCUCGCCCCUCUCGGUGCACAGGGGUUUCUUUGGCUGUCAGCAUUUCUCCAAAACGAACGAAUUCCUGAAGAAAUCCGGGAAGCAGCUGAUCGACUGGGGGGCCCUGUAAGGAUCCUGCAACUCCCUGGAGACCACAAGAGCAGCCAUUUUUGUCCCUAACAUGCUGGAGAGCCUUUGCAGAAAUAUUCUUGGACUGGUUUCUUUGAAGCCGAUCUAAACAGUAUUCUUUUCACUUUUAAUUCAGGGUUAAUUCCAAGUAUAUAUUUUUUUAAUUUUGGAGCAAACUGAGAUUAGCCAAAGAACACCGCCUUUUUUUCCCCGAAUUCUUCAUCACCGUCAAGAACUUUGUGCCAAUCUUUUCCUUGCAAUAAUGACCCUGAGGCUUUUGUUUUUCUUUCCUCUUCCUUAUGCUUCUCAGAGGAAAAUGGAAAUAUUGACAGCCAACAAGGCGCCUCUUGGUUUUGCCUCUGCUGAAGAAUUCAUUCAGCAAGUGGCUUAUUCCAUCCAAGCUUGACGCCUUAAUCUAAUCAUCGCAAAUUGUCUUUUUUUAUUAUUUGCCAACGAUUUAAAACUUUGAAAAGGUGCUAUGAAAAAUAAUUUUUAGUAUUUUGGCUUGCAGGAGGUGGGCCAACUGUAUGAAAGUAUUCCACUCUUGGGAUCAGAUUUAAAAGUAUUGCCAGGAUUCUGUGGGAAAUGUUA